UCGAACGAAAACAUUACGUAUGAAAUAUUUUUCCUACCGAAAAAGGAGCGACGACCAUUGGCAUUGAAGGAAUUCACCAAUUCUUUCGGCGAACUCUCGUGAUCUGUGACCCUGAGCUCAUCAAGCGGGUCUGCGUCAACGACUUCAUGUACUUUACGGACAGGGGAUUCUUCUUUGACAAGGAGCUGGAUCCUCUGGCUGGGUCCGUUUUGUACCUGCGAGGAAAUGAGUGGAAGAGAUUACGAGCCAAGAUAUCUCCAAUAUUCUCACCAAUAAAAUUAAAGGGAAUGCUACCAAUAAUAGAGAACACAGCGAACGAGUUUGUUCAACGAAUACAAAAACUUCUAACCGAAGCAAAUGAUGAAAAAUCAAACGAACCAAAUGCAAUUGGAAAAGAGUUCAAUAAUAACGAUUAUAAGUCGUCGGUGGUAAAUUCAGAUGAAUUAGUGGGAGGUUACACAGCUGACGCGAUAGUACCGUGUGCUUUUGGUGUUAAAAGUCACGUGAUGGACAACGCUAACGAUCCAUUUGCGGUGGCACUUGGAGCCUUUUAUGAAUUAUCAUUCUUCAACAUCUUUGAGAAAAUGAUGAGACACCUGUGGCCGGCUUUCGUGUUGUUUUUUAAAAUGAGAAUCAUACCAAAGAAAACACAUGAUUUCUUCUACAAUAUCGUAGUCAACGUUAUCAAAGAUAGGAAAAAUGGAGUACAAGAAAAACGUGGCGAUUUUAUUGACAUGAUGAUGGCUUUGAGGAGUGAAGACAGAACUGAUACAGCGGAAGAGAAGGAAAAUGAAGUUAAGAUCACGGACAUGGUGAUAGCAGCGAAUGCAUUUAUAAUAUUUCUUGGCGGUUACGAAACGACAUCUUCAACCCUGGCCUUCCUGUUCCUUGAACUGGCGGCUCACCAAGAAAUCCAAGAAACAAUGAGAGAUGAAAUAAAGGAAGUAUAUAAGAAACACGGGAACAAGAUGAGCUCUGAAAUGUUGCAGGACUUAACUUACAUGGAUAUGGUUAUACAGGAGAUAUUACGACUGUACCCUCCAUUCCCCACAAUCCAGCGCAUGUGCACGAUGGACUAUCACAUUCCGGGCACCGAUGUGGUGCUGGAGAAGGGUACCAUCGUGGUGUUCCCCACGCUGGGCCUACAUAGAGAUGAUCAGUACUUUCCCGACGCGGAGUCGUUCCGGCCGACCCGCUGGCGCGCGGCGGGCGCGGGCGCGGGCGCGGCGGCGGCGGCGGCGGCGGGCGCGUACGCGCCGUUCGGGGACGGCCCGCGGUACUGCGUCGGUAAAAGAUUCGCACUGAACCAAAUGAAAUGCUGUCUCGUAAAGCUGCUGUUACACGUGCGUAUAUCGCCCGUUACUAAAGUCGACGAGCGCGGUCGAACGUUCGUCGAAACGCGAACGAAACCAUUCGUUGUUGACAUUCGAGCGCCCAUGACGUUACAUCCUGCUGAUUCGAGAGUUACACUUAGCUUAUUAUGACGUCACACAUGUCAAGAUUAUAUAAAAACCUU